AUGUAUUCCAACUCGAACGCCUUCCUAGGAGGCAACAGUCCUCGCCCGGGGACUGGACAGCAGCAGUAUGGCGGCUCCUUUGGCGGUCUUGGGCCUGGCCAGCAGCCGGGUCAACAGCCGGGCCCCUUUGCGCCGCAGCCCACGGGCUUCGGACAGCAGCCAUUGCAGCAGCAAUACACCGGAUAUCCGCUGCAGGCCCAGCAGACGGGAUACCAGCCGCAGCAGCAGCCAUUGCAGCAGCAGUAUACCGGGUUUCCGGGACAGGCUCAGCCGCAGCAGUUCCAGACAUCGAGCGCCCCGCCAAUGCCGUCGAUUCCUCCCCAAUUCCAGCAGCAGUUUCAACAGCAGCAGCAACAGCAGCCGCCUCAACUUCAACAGCAGGUGCCGCAGCCGACGGGAUUUCCAUCCGUGCCGCCUCAGCAGCAGUCUAGCUCGACAAUCUCCCCUCCUCCUCCUCCGAUAAAGCCGCAGCCGACUGGGUUCGCGGAAGUGGCCGCGUCUUUCCAGACGGGCGGUACGGCCAAACCCCAGGGACGAAGAGGCGAAAAGACGCAGAGCAAGAUCCCCAACAUUAGGCUGUCUUUCAUUACCGCCGCGGAUCAAGCAAAGUUCGAGACGCUCUUCAAGUCCGCUGUGGGAGAUGGCUCGGCGACAAUGUCGGGAGAAAAGGCUAGGGACCUUUUGAUACGCUCCAAGUUGGAUGGUGAAGCCUUGUCACAUAUCUGGACUUUGGCGGAUACCACGCGAGCGGGACAGCUAUACUUCCCCGAAUUCGCACUUGCCAUGUAUCUUUGCAACUUGAAGCUCACAGGCAAGACACUGCCACCCACUUUGCCCGACCAUGUCAAAAACGAGGUGUCUAGCAUGGUCGACAUCAUCGGCUUUAGCGUGGCAGAUGAAGGCCCCUCUACGAGCCAGGCGGCCAAUGUGCCGACUAUUGAACAGCCGAAGCCGCAACCACCACCACCAUCAAACUCACAGCUUCUCCAAGCGCAGAUGACGGGCUUUCCUGGACAGCAACAGCCACAACAGCAAGGAUUUGGAGGACAAUCGCAAGGUCUCCAACCUCAGCCGACGGGCUACGCCAACUUACAAAAUCCUCAGCCAACAGGAUUCAAUGGCCCCCUUCCUCCAUUGCCCCCUAUGCCUACCGGAUACGGCGGCCCUGGUGGCAUGGCUCGCAUGAUGCCUCAGGCGGGCCGUGAGGGUGGUACCUUUACCACGGCUGGCCUUCAGGGCAAUGCUGUCAUUCCGUGGGCUAUUACCAAGGAAGAGAAGACCAGAUACGAUGCCCUCUUCAAAGCCUGGGAUGGUCUUAGAAAGGGCUAUAUUGGUGGCGACACGGCUAUUGAGAUCUUUGGCCAAAGUGGCCUUGAGAAGCCUGACUUGGAGAGAGUCUGGACGUUGGCCGACCACGGCAACAAGGGCCGCCUGAACUUGGAUGAAUUUGCUGUCGCUAUGCAUUUAAUCUACAGAAAGCUAAACGGAUACCCAAUGCCCAACGUGCUGCCUCCCGAGCUUGUCCCACCCUCUACUCGCAACUUCAGUCAGUCUAUCGGCACCCUGAAAUCGAUGUUGCAUGAAGAGUCUGAUUUCCGCAAGAACUCUGGCGCUGCCCUGCUGCCCCAAAAGACUGGCGUUAGUUAUAUGAAGAAUCGAUCAUUCCGAGGCGGCCCUAGUCCUGCUGCUGGUGGACGCAAGGAUGCUACAGUGUUCAGGAAUGACGAUGAAGAGUUUGGAUACAGGUCUAGUGCUCGCCGAAGGCUGGGAGGAGCUUCUCCCCGAGCCGAAUCCCCAGCCGCGUCUUCUGUCGGCUCCAACGAUGACUUGACCCUGGAUGAGCUAAGGAAAAAGGUCAAGGAGAAGCAGAUCUUGCUCGAUGCUAUGGAUUUUGCCGAUGAGAGGAACAACGAAGAGGACGACAUCUUGGACCGACGCGAUCGCCGCGAGGCAGAGGAGCUCUACCGUCGCAUCCGACGUAUCCAGGAUGACAUUGAUGCGCACCCAGACGCCGCACUUGCUGUUGGUAACUCGGACGCCGAGACGAGAGCUCUGAAGCGCCAGCUCCAGAAUCUCACGGAUAAGGUUCCCCAACUUGCAUCCCAGGUCCGAAAGACAGAAAAGGCAAUCAUGGAAGCAAGACUUGAGCUUUUCCGUCUCAAGGAUGCCAAGGCUCACCCUGGCAGCGCAUCGUCCAUUGUCGGAACUGGUCCCGGCGGAUCAGUCACGGAAUCGGACCGGCUCAAGGCUCGAGCCAAGGCCAUGAUGCAACAGAGAACUGCUGCUCUGACAGGCAAGAAGAUUGAGACUACCUCUGAGGAUUUUGACGCCCCCAAGAGGCUUGAGGAAGAGACCAUCAAGGUUAAGAAUGAAAAGGAGGGCAAUGAGCGCAUGGUCCGCGAUGUUGAGGAAAGUGUCCGUGAAUUCUCGCGCAGCAUCGAGGACAACCUCAACGAUACUGGAAAGGACAACAGCAGUGAGCAUGAGAGGCGUCGCUGGGAGGACGCUCUCGGUGUUGAGGAUGAAGUUCGAGACUUCAUCUUCGAUCUCCAGCGCGAGAGCCGGGCAGCCCGCGUCCGGGCCCAGGAUAAGCGCUCUACACGGCCUUCAGCAGCAGACGAGCCUCGCCGAGAAAGAGCUGCUGCCGCGGCUCCCCAGCAGGACGAAAGUCCCGCUCCAGCUUCGCGUACUGCCACUCCUUCUUCUACAGCAGGUGGCGGUUCGUACUCUUCGUACAAGACGCCUGAGGAGCGUGCUGCCUUUAUCAAGCAGCAAGCUGAACAGCGCAUGGCUGAGCGUCUCGCAGCUCUGGGUAUCAAGGCACCAACCAAGUCUGGAGAGACAGCUGCUCAGCGUAUAGAGCGCGAAAGGAGCGAAAGAGCUGCCAAGUUGCGCCAGGCUGAGGAGGAGGACGCCCGCCGGGAAGCUGAACGACAAGCCCGCCUUGCCGAAGAACAGGGAAUCCCACCUCCGGCUGUGGAAGAGGCGCCGGCGGCUGCGGCUAAGAAGCCUCCGCCACCUCCAUCAAGAAAGGGAGGGAAAGCCGAAAAUGAUCGCGAUGUGGCGAGAAAGGCAGAGGAAGAGGCUGCCAGGGCUGCCGAAGAGGAGCGCCUGGCUCGGGAGCAUGAGCAGCAACAGAGGCAAGCCGAACAAAUGAGGCAAAAAGUAGAGGAGGAGGAAGACGAAUUUGAAAAGGAGCAACGUGAAGCUGCGGAACGGCUCAAGGCUCUGGAAGAACAGGUUCGACAAGGAAAGCUACGAAAGGAAGAAGAGAAGAAAAAGAAGAAGGCAGCUGCGGCAGAAGCCAAGGAAAAGGAAGCCAAGCUAGCUGCUCGUCGUGCAGAGAUGGAGGCUGCCAAACAGCGUGAACUCGAGCUGCAGCGCCAACUCGAGGCUAUCAACGACGAAGAUAGCUCGUCAUCCGAUGAAGACGAAGGCCAGCAGCAAGCUACACCACAGGCUUCGACCCCGUCGCCUGAGCAGAGAGUGAGCUCACCACCUGCUCCCGCUGCCGCUGCCCCUCCCCCUCCCCCUUCGGCCGUCUCUCCACCACCUGUUCCCACGGUGGUUACCUCUCCCCCCGCUGAGACGGAGAGCAAAAACCCCUACUUCAAGAUGAUGUCGCAGUCAUCGGAAGCAUCUUCCCCAGCCGCACCAAAGGAAGCAACAACACCUGCAGCUGACAUUUCCACCAACCCAUUCCACCGCAUGACGCAGGAUAUCAAGUCUGCCCCCGUGCCAACUCCCGCUCCCGCCCAGCCUUGGUCUCGCAAGCGAGCCGAUUCUGACGACUGGGGCUCCGAGAAGGAGUCGGACGACGAAGACUCUGACGAUGACCGGCCCGGCGGUGGCAACGCUGCUCAGCUGGCGUCCAUCUUGUUUGGUACCAUGGCGCCACCAAGGCCGCUCUCCGCUGCUGGUAGAGAUUCGUCGCCAUCCACGCCUGCCCCGGCAAGCGAGGCGAUAUCUUCUCCUCCACCUCUGCCGAGCGGAACGCCUGUCGGAGCUCCUCCACCGCCUCCUCCCAUGCCAGACGCUGCAAGCCCACCUCCUCCUCCGCCAAUGGCUCCUAUGGGAGGUCCUCCUCCUCCUCCGGCCUUACCUGGCGGUGCACCUCCUCCACCACCUCCUCCUCCUCCUGGCGGUGCUCCGGCAUUACCAGCAGCAGGCGGCGGCCGUCCCGCUGGCUUCUUGGGAGAGAUUCAAGCCGGAAGAUCUCUCAAGAAGACGACGACAAAGGACAAGAGCGCAGCUGCCGUCGCUGGCCGAGUUCUGGACUAG